GGCCCAGGCUCCCCCUUGUUGGGCCCUGGUUGCCGGGCGCUAAAACAAACGGAGUCUAUUUGCCCAGUCUGCGAUGACAAUGCAGUCCCCAAAUAUUUGCCAGCCCUGCCGGCAGCAAAGCCCGGCUAUAAAUGCUUGAGCCCAGGUGGAGGUGGGCCUGCCCGGUAGAGCUGCAGGUCUCACAGCGGCCCUGCUGCCCCAGAGGCUCCAACGUGAAGGACAUGGCCACAGGAGUGAUCCGACCUCUCUGUGACUUCCAGCUGCCCCUGCCUUCGCUUCAGCCCUUCCUGCCCUUAGACCCAGAGCCCCCAGACACUUCUGAGGAGGAGGAGGAAGAAGAAGAGGGGGAGGAGGAAGAAGAGGAGGAUCUGAAGGGUGAGGGGCCAGGGUCCCACAGCCCAGCUCCCCGGAGCCCAGGUUGGGCCACAGUUGCCCCUGAAGAGGCCCCUGCAGGUCUGAGCAGCGCCGAGACGCCACUGCAGCUGCUACGGUUCUCUGAGCUCAUCAGCGGCGACAUCCAGAGGUACUUCGGCCGCAAGGACAGGGGACAGGACCCAGACACCUGCGACAUCUAUGCUGACGGCCACGGGGCCUGCAGCUCAGCCAGGGAGCGCUACUGCACAGAUGCGAUGCACCCGACCCAGGGUGGGCUCCCUGGUGACAACAGGGCCUCGGGGCCUGGGGCUCACUCUCCCCGGGGUCCCCAGGGGCAGGUGCAGGAGACAGGCCUUGGUGAGGAAAGGGUGCAGCCCCUGGGGCCACUGGCUGAGUUGUUCGACUACGGGCUGCGGCAGUUCUCAGGGCCCAGGGUGUCAGCUGGCCCCCAGCUGAGGCUGGAGCAGAAGUAUGGCCACAUCACCCCCAUGACCCAGAGGAAGCUGCCCCCUUCCUUCUGGAAGGAGCCAGUGCCCAGCCCCCUGGGCCUGCUGCACCCGGGUACACCCGACUUCAGUGACCUGCUGGCUAGCUGGUCGGUAGAGGCUGGCCCCGAGCCGCCAGGCAGGGGUGCCCAGACCCUGGAGGGGGUACAGCUGGCUGAGGCCUAGUGAGCAGCCAAGGUUGGCAGGGUAAGCUGGGGCAGCAGGGGUCUGGGGUCCCCUCAUGGCUGUCCUGCUGGGGGUCUCUGGGGCCCUCCGCAGUGGCAGCCACCAGGAGGACAGAGCAGCCUAGGUGGGGACUUUCCAGGCCUGGGGAGAGGGGCAGGGCUCAUCCUGGGACCUGAAGCUGCAACCACCAUAGGCCACCAGGGCAGGAAUGUGCAGGGGCUGAAGUCCCAGCACCUGAACCGGCCACCCUGGCCUCAGUCCUUGGAGCUCUGCCCAUAGGAAAGAAUGGCAGGGCAGGAGCUGUGGCCACCUGGAGACUAUGGGCUCAGGAGAAGGACACACUGUGCCCAUCCAGACCAGGCCCCAAGACUCCCAAGGACAACCCUCCCACUGCCUGCCCACUGGCUAGUCCCAGGUGGCCCUUCCUGAAGCAGGUGGCAGGGCCAGCUACCCAAAUGAGCCGAGAGUUUUCUUGGAGAGGCAGGAGGAGGAGGCGCUGCUGAGUGCAUGAGCAAACACACUGUUUGCUCCCUAGAUUAGGACAGGAAGAGAUGAUUCUCUGUUGGGCACCUCGCAGGUUUGAAGGGCAUGGCUGACAGGCGGAGAGCCUGGGCCCGGGCCGGCCUGGCUGCCGGGGAACCCAGCUGGGCGCGGGUGUGGAUUCCAGGCCCCCGGGCCUCUUGGCAGGAAGGCCCAGGAAACUGGCUGGAGCUCAGCUGGGCUUGGUCAAGAGAAGGGCAUUCUGGGAGUCUGAGGAUGGACAAGCUUUGACGAUGGGUCCUCUUGGUCACUCCAGCCGCCUGGUCCCCCUGAACCCCUGGAGGGAAUCCACACUCUGACAGCAGCAGGAGCUGGCAUGUUUAUUUCUGUCAAGGGGGGACAUGAAGACCUUCCUGCUGCCCAGCGUCGGGGCCCACGGGCCGUCCUC